UCUGGCUUUUGUCCCUCCUGGCUGGGUACCCGAAGGCGGGGAUUUCUUUUUUUGCUCCUGGUGGCCUUUUUCCCUCCAGUUUCCUCCUAGUUAGAGGCGAUCCCAUUGGGAAGCCGGCGAUGCCCGCCCUCCCACUGCCGCCGGAGCCCUUUCCCCGCGCGAUCCCGGCGUAAGGAUGGCGCAAAGGAGCUCCUUGUUCAUUCGCAUCGUGGAAGGGAAAAACCUGCCCGCCAAAGACAUUACAGGAAGCAGUGACCCCUACUGUAUUGUAAGGAUCGACAAUGAAGCAAUUAUCAGGACAGCCACCGUGUGGAAAACCCUGUUUCCUUUCUGGGGUGAAGAAUACGAGGUCCAUCUGCCCCCUACCUUCCACUGCGUGUCCUUCUACGUGAUGGAUGAAGAUGCCUUAAGCCGGGAUGACGUCAUUGGGAAGGUUCACCUCACCCAGAGCCUCUUGGCUGAACAUCCCAAAGGUUUUAGCGGCUGGAUGAACCUCACGGAGAUCGAUCCGGAUGAGGAGGUCCAGGGAGAAAUCCACCUCCAGAUGGAAACGGUGGCCAGCGGUCAUGGGAAGAAGCUGCGGUGCACGGUAUUUGAUGCUAGGGGUUUGGCACGGAAAGAUCGGAACGGAGCUUCCGAUCCCUUCGUCCGAGUCCGCUAUAAUGGCAAGACCCAGGAAACCUCGGUCAUCAAAAAAUCAUGCUACCCGAGGUGGAAUGAGAUGUUUGAGUUUGACCUGGAGGAGUCAACUGCCGAGAAGCUCUGUGUCGUUGAAGUCUGGGAUUGGGACCUUGUUAGUAGGAACGAUUUUCUAGGGAAGGUGGUGUUCAAUGUCCAAGGGCUAGAGAGCGCUCAGCGAGAGGAAGGGUGGUUUCUGCUGCACCCGGACAAAUCUAAGCCGAGAGCGGACACAGGCAACCUGGGCUCUUUACACCUCCAGGUCCAGCUUCGGGAUGAGACGGUGCUUCCUUCUAGCUAUUACCAGCCUCUUACUCAGUUGUUGUGCCGGGAAGUAAAAGCAGGAACAAAGGGUGAAGUGCAUUUAAUCACCUUGAUGGAUGAGACGACGACUGCGGAAUGUAGGCAGGAAGUGGCCGUCAACCUGGUCAAGCUCUUCCUGGGUCAAGGGUUAGCCAAAGAGUUCCUUGACCUCCUCUUCAAGCUAGAACUGGACAAAACCUGUGAGCCAAAUACUCUGUUUCGGAGCAACUCUUUGGCUUCAAAGUCAAUGGAAUCCUUUCUCAAGGUGGCCGGGAUGCAGUAUCUUCACCAGGUCCUUGGUCCAACCAUCAGCCGCGUGUUUGAAGAGAAGCGAUACAUCGAACUGGACCCCAGCAAAGUGGAAAACAAAGAUGUGGGGUGUUCCAGCCUCCAUCGGAUCCAGAGCGAAAGCGACGUCAUCCAGCAGAGCGCUCAGCUGCUCCGGUCCUAUCUAAACGACCUGCUGGCCUCCAUCCUCAAAUCCGUCAAGGCGUGCCCAGCCAUCAUCCGCGCAACCUUCCGGCUGCUUUUCAAGAGAGUUGGCGAAUCCUUCCCGGAAGAGAAAGAUCAGAACGUGAAAUUCGUGGCUGUCACCAGUUUCCUCUGCUUACGCUUCUUCUCUCCGGCCAUCAUGUCCCCCAAACUCUUCCACCUCCGGGAGAAGCACGCUGAUGCCCGCACAAGCCGGGCCCUUCUCCUGCUGGCCAAAGCGGUCCAGAACGUGGGGAACCUGGAUGCUGGCAUCAGCCGCGCCAAGGAAACUUGGAUGGCUCCUCUGCAGGCCACCAUCCAACAGGGCGCCGCUCAGAUGAAGCAGUUCAUCCUUCAGCUGAUCGACAUUGAGGAAAAAGAAGAAUUAGACCAGCAGAAGGCCCUUUCGCGGCAGACGCAGGUGGUGAAAGAGGGGCCCCUGUUUGUUCACAAGCCGAAGAGCAAAGGCCCUCUCCUCUCGUCCACCUGCAAGAAGCUGUACUUCUCCCUCACCAGCGAGGCUCUCACCUUUGCCAAGACACCAAAUGCUAAGAAAAGCUCUUUCAUUUCCCUGGCCAACAUCCUGGCUGCCGAGAAGGUGGAGGAGAAAAGCUUUGGGAGCUCCCACGUCAUGCAAAUCAUCUACGCCAGCGAGGAAGGACAGGUGGACACGGUGUACCUGCAGUGCAAGUGCGUCAAUGAGCUAAAUCAGUGGCUGUCGGCCUUGCGGAAGGUUUGCGUGAAUAACAGCGGGAUGCUCUGCUCUUAUCACCCGGGCGUCUUCCGUGGAGAGAAAUGGAGCUGCUGUCAUCAAAAGAAUAAAACAGAUGUCGGCUGUGAUAAAACCCGACACGGGGUUACUCUGAAGGAAUGGAAUGACCCAUUGGACCCAGAUUUAGAGGCUCAGCUGAUAUUCCGGCACCUGGUCGGAGUGCGAGAGACAAUGAGGGAGAAGUACAAGGAACUGGCCCCUGUGGAGAACAGCGAAAAAGUUUGCUCAAGUGAAAGCAAAGAGCUGGAAAACACUGAUGGCCCCAUCCGGCUUUUCCAGAUUUUGCAGGAUCUUGAAGAAGCACACGCUAAGGAACGCUCUCGAACAAGUGACUUAGCCAUCCAGAACCGAAAUUGCCUGGUGGAGCUGCCGACGUGACUCUGGGCCCCCUUCGGGCGCUUUCCUGGGUUUAGCCUGCUACAGCCGCCUGUGGGCAGAAGCGCUCCUGUCCUUCCACAAAAGAAGCCCUCCUACAGGACUUCCCUGCUGAGAUGGGAAGGAUUGGAGAUGAUGCUUGUUCCCAGAGUCCACAUGAUAUGGACCAAGCAAGCCCUCUUUUAGCGGCAAAGUGAUUGUGAAGGAUCUUCCACACUUGGAAAAGCACCCGGAUAAUAAUUUAGGAGCGACAUCUUAUCCUCUUCCGUGGUUCAAUUGAUGGUUCUUUCCCUGAAACUCUGUCAUUCAUCCAUAUCGUUAAGAGUUUGGUCCUUAUUCUCAGCAGAACAUAAGGGCAAGUGGUUUCAUCUUCCAGAACUUGGGAUUUUUCAUUAGGCUUAGCCUUUUUUUUUCUUUUCCCCCAAGCUUUGCUUAGAGGGAGUAAGUUUCUAGACCUCAUGGUGGCAGAAUUUUCUGAAGAAAUAAACUGACGUCUCUUGUGUUUGUCAUGGGUUGGGAGGACUUUCUGUGCCUUUUCUCUUUGAUUUGGCCCAUGCGUCCUCUUAGAAGCCUAGAAUCUAGAAAAAUGCAGCCCUGUAUUGCUCUGCUGCCAACAUUGGGAGAAUUGGUUAGCAGGCCCGUUGCCAGAAAUCUGGAGGGCAGCCAGCCUCACUGAAUAAAAACAGGCGAGGAAGCUUCACAGUACCUUACAGAACAGUAGUCACAAGAGUUGCAGUUUAUUUUCUAAAAAUUAAAGACGUAAAUUUCAUAUUCACAGGUGGAAUAACCACAUGACAGGUCUUGGUUAGCUCCAGGAGGGUUGCCCAUUCAGCUGGAGAUUCAAGGGA